CCUGUCGGUAAGAGAUGUGCAGCAAAUAAAAAUGAGUGAGUUUGUACCUUAAACGACAGGAAGACAAGCUGGUAAUACCAACCUAACUUACUACGUUUCAUAUCAAUCGAAGUCAUCAUGCCCAAAACCAUGAAUGCUGUCCUGGUGAAGCCUUUGAUGGUACUGGCGCUUCCUGGGAUACUGGUGUAUAAGAUCAGCGAGCUCAAGAACAAAAAGCAAGAACAGAAUAAGCGGAAAGUCGCUGAACGACAGCUGACCCAUCUGAACCAUAAAAUAGAUAAACUGUUAGAUAAACUUGAAGAACAAGAACCCGAACUUGCCAGAUCACGUGAAGAAGAAUGCGCAAUCUGUAUCACGGCCAAGGCAGUCAUGCAGACGUUCCCCUGUGGUCAUCGAGUGGUCUGUAGAAAGUGUUUCGUCAAAACCAUUCAGAUUACUGUCUCUCAACGAGUUUUGCCUCUUCGCUGUGUUGUCUGUCGUACCAAGAUUAUUCGACUUAGACAAACCAGUCACGACCAGAACACCCCUACACAAUUUGAUUCUUCACGCUCAAACCGAGAUAUGAAGAUAGAAGAUCACAAUUUGGAUAACUUUACUCCCAUUAAUACUGUGAUGAAAGAACGAGGGGAUGUGCCCGUAUCUACAGAACUUCCCGACAAUUUCCAAUCAGCUCCAAAGGAUUCUACUCACAAGUACAAGAAAAACCAAAAUUUCACAACAACAAACGCACAAAUCCCACAGUCUUCCCGUCGAAUCCCUCCACUAGUUCUCACAUCUUCAUCCACACCAGUCAUCCGCUCACUUCAACAACCUGUAGUAAAACAAAAUAACUCGUGGUGUGCAAAUUCUGAUCGAUUCCUUAACCCAAACUACUUCUUAUCCCUUAAUGGUUCGUCAAUACAGUAUAAUAAAUUACUACCUUCGUCAAAGACAGGUAGAAACCUUCUCGUUACUUCUGUAAGGAAACAACCUCAGAUGUCACUGUGUCAGUCCUCAAAACUCUUCCCCAUCCCAGAGAACGAUGAACAGGAGCAACUGAACGAGAAAGGAAACGUACAAAACCUUGCCCAUGAGAUCGUUGCUCAAAACAAACAGUUACAAACUUUUCUGACAGUUAAGCAACAUCAGAGCAGUCAACAGUUGAAACUCCAGUUUAAUGAAGAAAUACUUUAUGAGAAAAAACACCUGCAGUCAGGAGAAUCAAAUAUUACUCGAAGAAUAAGCCCACAGAUGGAGUCAGAAGUCAGUCAAAAACAUAAACAAAAAUCAAAAGCAAUUUUAGGUGGAAAUUCACAGCGAACCAAGUUAUUUUCUUUCAAAUAUUUUCGUUUUCAAACUCCGUUCAAAGUAUUCAGACGAAAACUAAAGGAAGACGAAAGCUUAUUAAUGCCACAGCAACUGCAUGCCUAUCACAGAUAAGCCAGUUAGUUUGGAUACUUCUUUUUUAAUCUGAUACACAGAAAUUGGUGACAUCUCUGCAGACGCUUGUCAACAAGAUUAAUAGUAAUCCUCACCAAAUAUAAGGAACUGGAAUGCCCUCAUUAUUAUGUUUUUGUAGAUAAUAUGCCGAGUUUUAUACUUUUGUUUCAUGUUGAAAGUGCCUUAUUUCGAAACAAUUCGAAAAAAUAAAAAUUUCUUCAGUUAAUGUUUAGAUAGUGAGGUUUAUAUUGUUUAUAUUUUAGACUUAUUUUUACUCAUACCUUAAUGUUU